AUGGCCAAACUCGAAUCCCCAGAACCUGUACUUCCUGGACUCUACCUGGGAAACUUCAUUGAUGCCAAAGACCCGGAUCAGCUGGGCAGGAAUAAGAUCACACACAUCAUCUCCAUCCACGAGUCACCCCAGCCUCUGCUGCAGGAUAUCACCUACCUUCGUAUCCCAGUGGCUGACACCCCAGAAGUUCCCAUCAAAAAGCACUUCAAGGAAUGUAUCAACUUCAUCCACUGUUGCCGCCUCAAUGGGGGGAACUGCCUAGUGCACUGUUUUGCAGGCAUCUCCCGCAGCACUACCAUUGUGACGGCAUAUGUGAUGACUGUGACAGGGCUAGGCUGGCGUGAUGUGCUUGAAGCCAUCAAGGCCAAUCGGCCCAUCGCCAACCCCAACCCAGGCUUCAAGCAGCAGCUGGAGGAGUUUGGCUGGGGCAAUUCCCGGAAGCUGCGCCGGCUGCUGGAGGAGCGCUUUGGAGAGAGCCCGUUCCGGGACGAGGAGGAGAUGCGCGCGCUGCUGCCGCUGUGCAAGCGCUGCCGUCAGGGCUCCACCACCUCGGCCGCCUCCACCACACCGCCUUCCGGGACCUCCGAGGGAACACUACAGCGCCUGGUGCCUCGGACUCCCCGGGAAACCCACCGGCCGCUGCCGCUGCUGGCACGUGUCAAGCAGACUUUCUCUUGCCUCCCGAGGUGUCUGUCCCGCAAGGGGGGCAAGUGA